CGGAAGCAAAAAACCAAAAUGCUCGUCUUAGUCUUAGGAGAUCUUCACAUUCCCCACCGGUGCAAUGGCAUGCCGGCCAAGUUUAAGAAGUUGCUCGUGCCAGGAAAGAUCCAGCAUAUUCUGUGCACUGGUAACCUAUGUACCAAGGAGUCCUUUGAUUACCUGAAGACGUUAGCCAGUGAUGUCCAUGUAGUAAGAGGAGACUUUGACGAGAACAUAAACUAUCCAGAACAAAAAGUUGUCACAGUCGGCCAAUUCCGCAUUGGUUUGUGCCAUGGCCACCAGAUGGUGCCCUGGGGCGACACAGAAAGCUUGGCAGUUUUACAGCGACAACUAGACGUUGAUAUCCUUAUUUCCGGACACACACAAAAGUUUGAGGCUUAUGAACAUGAGAACAAGUUUUACAUCAACCCGGGGUCAGCAACAGGAGCGUAUAAUGCACUUGAUAGUGAGGUUAACCCAUCAUUUGUGCUGCUUGAUAUCCAAUCAUCAAAUGUCGUUGCCUACGUCUACCAGCUGAUUGGCGACGACGUCAAAGUCGAAAGAAUAGAGUACAAGAAAAACUGAGAAAUUGAAAUGAAAAAAUUGAGCUAUCAAAAGAGACAUUUAGACACUAGGAGUCCCAUAUUAGACUCACAUGAUGCCGGAGCUCCGUGCCAAAUCCUAGGGUGGUGCGUCUUAGUGGGUUUUUUACCUUGGACUUCAGGAAUGUGCUUUUAGGAUGAAUUUCCUUGGGGGAAUAAGGGUCAUCUACAGUAUUAGAACUGUAGACAUUUGUUGGCGAUACAUGUGCAUCUGAUCUUUGGGUUGUCCUUCUGGGUUAAAAAUCAGCAGCCCUGAAGGGGAGUGCUUCUACUUGAUAAAUUGAGCAAUGGUCUGUCGGGUCAGUUGCGUUAUCAAGAGGGCGCUGCAAAUCUCUAUUGGUUGACGAGCCUUGAAUAGAAAAUUGUACAUUUCCUGACAAACGGUUGUAAGAGAAAUAACCAUGUCCUCCGCUAAGCUUUCUCUGAAUGAAAUGACAGCCCACCAGAUAAAGUACAGUGUAAAGGCUGCUCUCCAAGUUAAAGGCCUACGCCGUUCGUUAAAAAUUUGAAAUUUGUAAUUGAAUUUGAAUAUUUCUUAUUGCGUGAAUGCACACUAAAUAUAAGUUCCAGCCUGGCUGUUGUGUAGACAGGUAAACAAAUACUGUAAAAACAAAUUUCAGCAAAUUUGUUUGUGUAUUAACUGCACAACUGCAUUGUGUUUAACUGCAUUUCUAUUUUCCUGGACCACCAGUAAUUACAAGCGGCCUACCCCUUUAAAAUACAAAUGUACCUUUGUAUCAGUAUGUGUAUGUUGGGUAAGAUAUUGUCAUGUUAUCGAUUAUAGAUGUUGUACAUUUUAAGAUAAUGAUUCAGAUGUGUUGAUUCAACUGAAAAUGGAAGUACAUUGUAUUAACAAGAAUUAAUAGACCAAACUUUAUAAAUUCUUGGUAAUAAUAUAAUAAUCACUAGUCAUAAGGUGUAUGUCUUUCCUUUAGUUUUAAUCCAGCGCAUCACAAUCUCCAGCGGUGUGUUACAUUUACAUUACGUUGUGUUACAUUUACAUUACGUUGUGUUACAUUUACAUUACGUUGUGUUACAUUUACAUUACGUUGUGGCUUAUAACGGUAGUUAGGUGGUCUCUGAAUCAGUGUGUGUCUUUCCUCAACCAACUCGUCAUGUCCCUCGAUGUCAUCAAUAUUGAAUCACUUGGAGAAGUUCAGAAUGGAUCUGACUGUAUAG